UUUGGAACAGCUGCUGUGUUGGGAAACUCCUACAGAGCUCAGAAAACGCUGGAUUACUGUAGAUCUGCACGUUCUGCAAAACCCAAGUAUUCCUAAACAUACAGGCAUCACUCUAAUGGCCAGCAAUAACACAGCCAGUAUAGCACAAGCCAGAAAACUUGUGGAACAACUGAAAAUGGAAGCAAAUAUAGACAGAAUAAAGGUUUCAAAAGCUGCAGCAGAUUUAAUGGCAUAUUGUGAAGCUCAUGCUAAGGAGGAUCCAUUGCUGACCCCAGUUCCUGCAUCGGAGAACCCAUUUAGAGAGAAGAAAUUCUUUUGCGCUAUUCUGUAGUGGUGACCACCUGUGUAUUAGCCAGGCUCACUGAACACUGAUGUAGAAUUUAAAAAUCGUGGACUCUUUUGUGGUCUGCAGAAUUCCCCCCCAAAAAUAAUAAUAAUAAAAAUUAAAAAAAAAAAAGGCUGGAUGCUGCAGUAAUGUGCAUGUCUAAAGGAACUUUUUACGUUCUUGGAAUUAGAAGAUGAUUCACACUUUGAAAUAAAGACUUCUUGUCUUUUCCAACUGCCUAGAAUGAAAAUGCGUAAAGUGAAAGAUUUGUAUAAUUUUUUUUUUUUUCAAUUCAGUCCCAGUUUUCCUAGAUUUUUUUAACUGUUAUUUUAAAGAAAAAAAGUUUUAUUGAAACACGUGUGUAGGAUAUGUAUGUUUUUUUUUCAAUAUUCUUUUAUUUAAAUUAAAUUGUCAUUUAUAGCAGCAAGAUAAGUUUGCAAUGGUGUUUCUAACAUUUUGAUAUUGUGCAUUGUUGCCUUAGCGUAGCACAACAAAGGCUGUCACAACUGGAUUUGUAAAAAUAUUACUCUCACAAUGUUUAAGGAUUUAGCCAACAUAUUGCCACACUAUGGACUUUUGUGUUCUAAAUAACCAAGCUAUCACUGUUUUUAAUGUAUAUUUGAUUCCUUGAGACUUGUAGUGUGAUGUAAUUUUUAUAUCUAUUUUUGUGACUUUUGAAGGAAUUCUGCAUGAGAACUUUUAAUUUCUGUCUAUGCCCUGGAAGUGAAUGCCGAUUUAAAAAAUAAAAUUAUAUAUAUAUAUAUAUAUAUAUAUAUAUAAAAAUUAAUCUAUCAGCCAUAUUGUUUCCUUUAACUUGCUAGGAAAACCUUACAACAACACAUUACUGGUUUAUCUAGCAUUGAAGGAAAUAACUUCUGUAAUCUAAAAACUUGUAUGACGCCAAUAUUCACGAUUCCCCCUUUUUAUAAAAUACACUUUUUUGAUAUCCUUAA